AUAAACUAUCCUACAGAUUAAAUCAUUAAAUCAAUAGAAAUUUUCGAUUUGCAAAUAGCGUUUCAAGCGGAUAAAAUAUUCAACACUAGUACACUACAAAGGCCAAGAAGGUGGUAAAAAAAAACAUAUAAAUGAUCAAAAUUGAUAUUACAAUCAAACAUUUCAAUUCAAUUUCAAACUUUUAACCCCGAUUAACUGCAGAUCAUUAAAUCUAUAAAAAUAUGUUUGCUUAAACUAAAAAUUAAAAAUUUAUGUAUUCUCUGUUGGCGUUGGAAACAAACUUUGUUUUUACAGUUUAUAAAAAAUAUAUUAGGCACUAUGAGAAGAACUGACUAAAAUCAUAUAUAUUUUUGUUGGUCGAUAGACAAUAAAAUGAAAGCUAUAAGCGUGGUAGAUAUUAACCAAAGAACACAUGCUCUUUUAAUCCCAAAGGAUGAAUGGAUACGACUAAAAAAGAUUUUGAACAAAAAGUAUGAUGAUAUAGCUACAAUUGAGAUGAUGAAGCGAUUAAAAGACGAACGGCAAGCUACAUCCAAAGCCAUAUCUGAAUCAUGGGACACCACUGUACUGAACAAAAGAAAGAAAGAACUAGAAAACAGACAAAAGUUAUUAGCAAGUAAUGAAGCAAGACAACUUAAAAAAGACGAAAUUAUGAAACUCGAGAUUUUGGAGCGCAGAAAUGCCAUUGUAGAAAAGGCGCGGUUGAAGAAAUGGUCGGACAGAGAUUCGACAAAAGCGCUCACCAGAGCAGUGCACAAGAUGGAGGUGCUUAGAGAGAGAUCUAUUCAAAUUAUAUUCAAUGAGGCUCAGAGAGCGAAGGAACUUGAAGCAGAUCGUUUGUUAAAGAUGGAACAAAAUUUAGAUACUGAACGAUAUAAGACGGAUCAAUGGGAACAGAAAUUGAAACUAGCUGAAACGAAAAAAGCUAAUGCUGCUAUUUUCCUAAAAGAAUUGAAAGAACGAGAGAAUAUAAAGCGUGACGAUGAUAUUAAAUUAAGAGAAGAAGGUAAAGCUGAAUUACAAAGAAUCGCAAAUGAAAUCGAGGAAGAAAAAGAGAAUAAAAAAGCCAAAGCUCUAGCAACGAGAGAAAAUUUAAUAAAUCACUUAAAUGAAAAUAGAAAAAUUGUGGCUGAAAACAUAAAGCUGCGUCAAUUAGAAGAUCAAGAGGAAAAUUUAGUAGUUUCAAUAAUGGCUGAGUCAAAGAAGAAAAUAGCUAAAACAAGAAAACUGAAAGAAAUAGAAAUUUUAAAAGGAAAACAAACAUUAUUAGAAAAAAUGGUUGAAACUGCAAACACAUGUCAGGAUAAAGAAGAGGUUUCAUUUCAAAACGCAGUCGCAGAAAAAGAGCGGAAGUAUCAAAGAGAAAAACUGAAAAAUAAGGAUUUGAUAAAAAAUAGAGAGGAAGAUUUCAAAGACAGUAAGAAGAUCUUGGAUGAAGAAAAUAGAAAGGAGAAAGAACGUUUGACACUGAGUCAUCAGUGGGAAUUGGAAAGGCGCCUAAGAGAGACUGAGAUGUUAUGCUUACUUGAAGAGUCACGUAAACAGGCAAAGACCAGAAAAAUUAACUGUUUUCGAAAGAAUCUCAACUUACAACGUGAUAACAAUAGAGCAGCUACUAGAGCUAACAAACGGGUAGAUGUUGAAGAAUAUAAUGCACACUUAAAACUUUGGAAACAACAGGACGAGGAGUUUAUGACCUACACUAAAAAUAUGAUAACUAAAUAUAAAAAAGCUGGUAUAUCUGUCAUACCACUAAUGAAAGCCAUCGAGGACUAUAAGAAAAACAACAAAUUACUCAGCAUGCAGUGAACAUAGUCCCGUGUCCGAAUAAUCUAAAUUUAUAUCAAGAACAUUAUUUUUUAAAACAAUAUAACGUCAAUCGCGGAUUCACGUGUACCUACACUAGGACACUGUGUAUAGUGUAUAGUGUCGAUCGGAAAACGAAGACUGGUUGCCAGCGGCUAUGGUGUGUUGUGUAUAAAGUUACGAGCCGUGCGUUCCCGAACAUUCCUAAAUAUUCUAUCACUCGCCGGCGUGUAUAGAUCAUUCAAGAAACUUCGCGGAUGGAGAUCAUCGCUACAGCACUCUCCUGCCAGUGACGAAGCUAGGCCAUUUGAAGGCGGUCCGAAAAACGCAAUUUUCCGCUUGAUCGCGUCCUUCAAUCCUCCUUUGAAAUAAUGCAGGUCGCAGCAUGGGCGUGCGCAGACUUUUUU